UCUGUCUGAACCUGUCAUUAAACAACGCUGAGAGGGGGAGGUACAUCACCGUCCCCCCCUCGCAGAUUUUUCUGUUUGCCGUGAACCUCCAUUUCCCCACUCAAUCUCGCACGCUGCUGUAGUAUGAACCACGAUCAUGAUCACGAUCUGCGUGGGGGAACGCCCCUCCGCCUUUCAUACACCGUACCGCCACCUUCACUCGUCACGGGGCCUGAACUAUGCGACCCUUCAAGCCCCUCAUUGUCUCCGAUACACGUACAUAUGUGGAGUAGUACGACCACCUGAGUCUACGAACCACCAACUGUACGUUGACCGUACGGCAUAUGUUCUUCGCUCGGUUUCUUUUAUUUACUACACCCGGACGACCUCGUCAUCAAUACUCCACUAUCACGAGCGCACAACUAUCUUUAUCCCCAACGAGCUACAUAGCACUUCUCCAAACUCAAUCACAUCAAUCUCCAAUUGCAAUGAUGAUCAACGAACCCCUCGCCUCGAUCAGGAUCGGCGCACUGCGGUAUUUUACAUCAUUAACCUGUCAUUAACGUACAUACUCGAGUUAUUAAUGGUCAUCUCAGCGGCAGUACAUAAGAUAGGGGGUCGCCAUGAAUAUAGACGUCUUCUGAAUCGUAUUCUUGUCUGGUAGAUCAUGAAUGUUCGCUGUUGGCUUCUAGGUCUAGAACCAAGAACAACGACAUAGCCCUGAACUAGGUUGGUCAGAUAUCACGCCACUGUACCUGCAACAUAUUCGACACGCCGCCGUUCGCGAUAAACGCCCAUUUCCGAGUACUGCGGUUGCUCCAUCCGCGUUCCAUACUUAGUGGUUGAGGACGAGCACAGCCCCUCCUCCCGUCGGCGCAUGGUACGAUGCCUAGACCUUCAUUCUACAAAGCGGAAUCUACUACACCAAAAACUCUGAACUGUGAUGAGAUAAGCUAUCUCCACCGUGCAUGAUAAAUGCCCAU